CGUCUCAACUCGUUUGCGCAAGAUGACCACCCGAUUGCAGUUACUUUUUGCCUUAGCUGCCCUGUUAUCAGUAGUUUCAAGUUCCGAAAAUACCAGCGUCAGCUCUUCGGAUGGAUUCGGUCACGAGCUGGCCAUGGUCGGGCUGGAUGCAGUUAAUUUUAACAUGCAAAAGGAUCACCUGCGAUCGAAGGAGUAUUUCCAGGUGCUGAAGGCAGAAAUCGAAGCAGUUCAACGAACUCUCGGUAACAUCGAAAGCAUGGUGGUUCGCCAGUCCAAGGUGAUUUCAACGCUCCAGAGUGAGCUGGAUAUGACUUCGCUGAAUGUGUCGCAAUUGCUUAGUGAUUCUGGAAAGAUCUACCGAGUUCAACAAACGCUUGCGACGACGGAGAUAUUGAACGACUUUAUCAUUCAGUUGGUUGGUAAAAAAGUGGACGCUUCUGGAAGUUCUCGGCAGUUGCUUGUGUCUAGGGAGUUACCGUCGACUUGUGCUGAUGUUCCGGAGCGUAGCUCAGGAGUCAGGUUGAUCCACCCACAGCCUGGUUUUAAGGAUUCAUUUGAGGCGUUCUGUGACCAGGAGUACGAAGGGGGUGGUUGGACCGUUAUUCAGAAUCGUUACGAUGGUUCGGUGCAUUUUUACCGAGGAUGGAACGAGUUCGAGAACGGAUUUGGUGACCUGCGGGGCGAGUUCUGGUUGGGACUGAGGAAGAUCCACGAGUUGACCUACGCCAAAAAGCACGAACUGCACAUUGUACUGGAGGAUUUUGAAGGAAAAACUGUGGUGGCCAAGUACAGUGACUUCCGGGUGGCCGGACCGGAAGAGAAGUACACGCUGAAGAGUUUGGGGACGUUCAGUGGAGACGCUGGAGAUUCGUUAACGUCAGCUGUGAACAUGAAAUUUACGACCUUGGAUGCAGACAACGACACUCACGGACCCGGGAAUUGCGCCGUCGAUUACAAGGGAGGCUGGUGGUACACAGCUUGUCAUGAAAGCAACCUGAACGGAUUGUACAUGAAAGGCAAGGUGGAGGUGUUUGCAACAAUGAUGUGCUGGAAGGCUUUCAAAGGCUACAAUUAUGGAUUGAAACGCUCGCGGAUGAUGAUUAGAGCAAGUCAAUAAAUAGUUAUGUCACCAGGCUAAAGUGAUGCAUUUUUCUGAAUGGAAAUCUACGCAUAAUUCCUCACACACACACCUUAUGUAAGCUCAUUAUUCCAAAGGGAUGUAAAAUCGAUAGUCGGGAAAAGGCCAACCGAUUUCGUCACGGGACGAGUCUCCUGCUGGGUAGGUCCAGGAACGUUUUUGCGAUAAUAGCUUCCCACGCACUUUUUUAUCGCGCGCACUCGUUGGUCAGGCAAUUUUUUUUCUCUGCUCAAACGCGCGACAUUGGUUGGUUGGUUACUAGUUCAUGAAAGUGUCAUUCACCGCCUUAUAAUAAAUUGAAUUUUGCGGUUUUUGGACUGCUACAAAGUAGAUUGGAAGAUUACACGGGGUCAAUGGUUUGACGUUGACGUCUUCUUUUAUGGAUUGUUCGAGAGUAAUUGACCAGCGUUCAACAUAUAACCUAUUUUUAGUAAAUAAUCAAUAAGAUAAUAUGAUGAGAAUAAAGCGAAAUUGUAUUGCUUAAUAUUA